AUGCAUGAGUACACACAAGACGCUCUUUGUAUAGCGCAAACAAAAGGAAAACCUUGCUUAUUUAUGAUAUUUACUUGUAACGCUCAAUGGCCUGAAAUAACAGAUAACUUGUUACCCCAUCAGCAAGCAAGAGAUAGACAUGAUUUAGUGGCGAGAGUAUUCAAAUAUUCAAUACACUAUCCAAUGGAGUUUUUAAAUUCUUUGACAAUACCAGGUUUACCUCCUCAUAUAUUAACUUUAAAAAUUGGAGCACCUAUCAUGAUUUUAAGAAAUAUUAAUCCACCUAAAUUAUGCAAUGGAACCCGUUUAAGUGUAAAAUCUUUGAAAAAUAAUGUAAUAGAAGCUACAAUAUUAACCGGAUGUGGAAAAGGUGAAGUCGUAUAUAUACCAAGAAUACCUAUUAAACCCAGUGAUGUGCCGUUUGGAUUUGAGCGAUUACAGUUCCCGGUAAAACUUGCAUUCACCUUCACCAUAAAUAAAUCUCAAGGUCAAUCAUUGAAAUGUACGGGACUUCUACUUGAUCCUAUGUGCUUCUCUCAUGGACAAUUAUAUGUAUGUUCAAGAGGCGGUGACCCGAAAAAUCUCUACAUUUAUUGUCCGAAUGGAAAAACAAAGAUUGAAAUUUAUCUAUAUAUAUAA